UGCUAAUAUGCUUUGCUAAAAACUCGUGGGACCUAAUCGCGGGUGCACUAGCCAAAUCGUUUGAGAAGGGAUUUAUAAACAUCUUUACACCUUCAUCUUAUCAAUCAUCAUGGCAUCUAGCUCGUCCAAUGUCACCCUUGCGAUAUAUAAAAGCUGCUUUGACAUGACGGGUCAACGUCUCAAACUUACCACCGCGCAACCAUUCGUACCAACCUUCGUGCAGUCAUCAGUGACUCAAGCCUCCGACCCGAGUGAAAUAUACGCAAGCCGGGUUCAUGAGCGGAGGAUACUACUCGAAAACCCUGUGCGAGGAAGUCACAUCAGAAAGGAUCGGGAAAAAAAGCGUCAACGGAGGACGGCUUACAAGCAGAAGAAGGUGGGGAUCAUGGGUCGAAGGGAGGCAAAGAAGAAAGGUGUGUGGAAACUGGAUGACAGUCAGGCCAAAUUCAAGUUGUUUCUUCCACUACACCAGUUGUGGAUGGGAUACAUGUCUGAGCUACUGGGACUGCCACAAGAAGGUCCCUCAAACCGGCCACCCAACAUCAAGGACGUCCCUAGUACGGCGGGCAUGCACGCAAAACUGGUAAAGGCCGACUUCCAUGGUUCACUCAUGACAGUUCGCCAAAGUAAAUGUCCUUCACUCAUCGGAAUCUCCGGUAUUGUCAUCCACGAAUCGGAGAAUGCCAUACGAGUUGUCACUCGUCGUGAUGAAGUAAAGCUGAUACCGAAACAGAACUCCAUUUUUGUUUUUGCAGUGCCAGUAUACUCAACUUUACCUCCCACACAUAAACCCAAUAAUGCCUUCCCUGUGCCGACUAUAACUGACACUUCCGUGUCGGAUGUCCCGCACAUGGAAUUUGAGUUGUAUGGCAACCAGUUUAGGUUUCGGUCAGCAGAUCGUGCAGGUCGUAAGUUCAAGCAUAAGGAGACCAUCGAGUUGGCGUGACAAUUCGCGAGUUCUGGUGCAUCUCAUGCAUGUUGCACCUCGAGGGGAGAGUGUCGCUGCGUGGUAUAGCCCUGUCUUCAACAAUCGAACCAUGGUCAUUAAGAAGUGAUUAGUAGCAUUGCACGU